AUUUGUUGAUUUCAGACCUUAUUAUUUUUUCCUGUGAUCCACAGAGAAUAUGGCAGCUAUGGUUGAUCAUCUGACUAUGCAGGAUGACACAGGACUCCGGGAGGCGUGUGGAGUAUUUGGUUGUGUGGCCCAGGGGGACUGGCCUACCCAGCUAGACAUAGCACACACCAUAUACUUAGGCCUGGUGGGACUACAGCACAGGGGUCAGGAGAGUGCAGGCAUUGUGACCAGUGCAGGUACUAAUGACUGUAGAUACAGUAUAAAGAAAGGCAUGGGGCUAGUCAGCAAUGUCUUCUCAGAGGAAGACCUCCAUAAACUCAAAGGAAACAUCGGAAUUGGUCACACCCGAUAUUCUACUCAAGGCGAAUCGGACACCAUUAAUGUUCAGCCAUUUGUCGUGGAAACCAUACAUGGACUGAUUGCUGUGGCUCAUAAUGGAGAACUGGUUAAUGCCAAGAAACUUAAACAAAAGCUACUGAAGCAUGGAGUGGGGCUCUCCACAGGAACAGACAGUGAGUUGAUAACACAACUUCUGACACAUACCCCAGAAUGUGGGGAACCAAAUGGAGCCAACUGGAUUGGAAGAAUCAAGAAAAUAAUGGAGGAGACCGUAAUUUCUUAUUCACUUGUAAUCAUGCAUGAUGAUAAGAUAUAUGCUGUCAGAGAUCCGUUUGGGAACCGCCCCCUCUGUCUGGGAAAGUUACUCUCAGUGGGGUCCAUUAAAGAAAAUUCAAAGAAAGAUGAGACGAUAGAUGGUUGGAUAGUGUCCUCUGAGUCUUGUUCUUUUAACAGCAUAGGAGCCAAAUACUUUAGAGAAGUUCUGCCAGGAGAGGUGGUAGAGCUAAGUAGGAGAGGAAUAAAAUCAGUUUACAUGGCACCCAGACCAAACAAUAAACCACCCGCCACCUGUAUUUUUGAAUAUGUCUAUUUUGCCAGACCAGAUAGUGUUAUGGAAGGACAAAUGGUGUACAGCGUUCGUCAGCGCUGUGGUCGACAGCUGGCUAAGGAGGCUCCAGUGGAGGUAGAUUUGGUCAGCACUGUCCCUGACUCUGCUACCCCUGCAGCUCUGGCAUAUGCUGCUCAGCUUGGAAUUCCUUAUGGAGAGGUAUUUUGCAAGAAUCGCUAUGUCGGAAGAACAUUCAUCCAACCCAAUAUGAGGCUGAGGAAGAUGGGGGUCACUAAAAAGUUUGGUCCGCUGAGUGAGAAUAUAAGGGGGAGGAGGAUUGUCCUGGUGGAUGACUCAAUAGUGCGGGGUGUAACAAUGAUCCCCAUCGUCAACCUUCUGAGGGCGGAGGGAGCUAAAGAGGUACACAUCAGAAUUGCCUCACCUCCUAUUAAGUACCCGUGCUAUAUGGGGAUUAACAUCCCAACCAAACAGGAACUGAUUGCCAACAAAAUCCAAAAGGACAAAUUUGCGGAGUAUUUUGGUGCGGACAGUUUACAAUAUCUGACUGUGGAGGGACUUCAGCAGGCAGUGGUGGAGGGGAUCAAAGGGGACGGGCUAGAAAACACUGGACACUGUGUGGCCUGCCUCACUGGUAAUUACCCUACUGAUCUAGAGUGGUGAGGUGAGGAUCCAAGCUUUUGUGGGAAACAAUUGAAGAAUUGACUUAAAAUAAUUUGACUGUGAUUUUGAUGUUUUUAUUAUUGAUCUCACUGACUAAAGGAAACAUAUCUUAAUUGUGUGCUGCUCAAAAUUUAUAUAAUUAUACUCAUAAAUAUUAGUGCCAACUAAAUAUUGUACAUAAAUGACUAUUGAUAAAAAUACAGGAUUUUCAAUGUGUUCAUGGCACGUAUUGGUGCUAAUAGAAUAUAAUAUUAAAACAAAAGAAUAAUUUUAUCAAUAUGGCUGUGUAUAUUGAUAUUUAAAAUGUGCCAUAAAUAGAUGAUAAUUACA